UGUUGGCGCGUUGGUUGGCGUCAACGUCCGUCAGUUGGUUCUUCUUCUUCAAGCGCGUAGGUCGUGUCUAGAGUUUAGUUGUGCCGAAGUUUGUGUUGUGUUACAAAUAAGUGGUUGUGGACAUUGAUUUGUUUCUAUAAGGAUAACCAUUCCAUUACAUUCAGACAAAGCGUUACUUCAGCUGCAGCAGAUCUUAUCUUGAUAACGUCCCAGGACUGGCGUGGACGGCUCGAACUGCUCGACAAUUUCCUGCAUGUGGUGGAAAAUGGAGUAAUGGCUACUUGACGAUGGCUCCGUCAUGAUGGCUCGCCUGCUGACCGAGGAAGCUACGGCAGCCAGUGUUCCAGAGCCAGGGCUCAUGGGAGAUAGCAGCAAGCCACAACAUGCCUCCACACGCAAACUCAGCUUUAAGACUAGGCAAGCAUCAUCACGCAGCAACUACAGAGCCACCAAGGUUUCCCUGUCUUCAACCAACGUGGCUCUCAUUGCCUCCAAGUUCAACACCAUUGUCGUGGAAGAUUCUAACCAAGCGAGGGUGCUGCUGAGAAAGGUGAGCAAUAAUCAGAGAAGCAAAGAGAUCAAAGGGCGGCCUAUCAAUGCGAGGGCAGAGGGCAUGGUCAAAGCUGCUAUCGAGAUCUUUGAACACCAAGAAGAGAAAACGAAAAACAAACCUGUGGUGAAGAAAGGGAGUGAUUCAAGACCCAAGUUUCUGGUUGUGAGAAAAUCCUCCAGUAGGUCUUCAGUGAAGCUAGAAGAUUUACCAAAAAUAGAGACAACGAAGAAGUUGGACUCUUUGUCCAAAGAAAGUGCCAAAGACAGUACUGAUAGUUUUGAAAUUAAAAGUACUGAAAUGACUGUAGGAAUAAAAGAAGUUAAGAGGAAACCAAGCCUUAAAGCUAAACCUGUUUCAAGGCAUAAUCCACCCAAAAAACUGGAAUCAGAUUUGCCACUAAAUCAGAAAAUUGCCAAAUUUAAUGUCAACUCUACAACAGCAAGUACAAACAGUUCCUCUAGGGCACAUGCAAAUCAAGACAUAAAGAAAAUGAACAUUAAUUUAAAUGAAAGGAUUGCUCAAUUCAGUAAAAUCGAGGAAGAUAAAAUGUUACUGGAAAAAAAGAGUAGUAUUGUUAAAAUGGGCAAAAGUAUCACAGAAAACAGCAAAAAAGUUACAUUUGAUCCUGAAGAAAAAGAGAAUAAACAAGAAGUAAAAAAAUCAAUCUUGAGAAACAGUAAAAACAGAACAGGUUUAGUUGAACAAACUAAAGAUAGGUUGGCCUCAAUAGCAUCACAAAAUAAUUUUUCAAAUCAGCCAAACUCAGUAAAACAUUUGGACAAGAAGCAAUCUCUGAAUAAAGGUAAAUUUGUAAUAAAUGAUAAAAAGGAGUUUUCAGUCUUUCAGAAUGUGCCAGAAAUAACAAAUACUAGUGAUUUAGUAGAUUAUAAGAUUUAUAAUAAACUUUCAGUGCCUAAAACAAUUAACAAUCUUGAUGAUAACAAAUUGUCACAAUCUUCAGAAUUAUCAGUCGAUGCCAGCCCAAAACACACAAAACCAUCUGAUGAUGCAAAGCUUUCUGUUUAUUCUCAAAAAGAUUAUAGAAUUAUAGUUGACGGAAAAGAUUUGAAAAAUGAUACUUCUGAAUUAAAGACAAAUAUUAAAAUUAACAGCCCUUUGAAAGAGUCUGGUUGCACCCUGAAAUCGUCAAUCAAACCAUUAUCCUCAGAAAGCCCAAAGUUAGAAAAGAAAACUCUUUGUGUAGCAACAGACCCUUCUGAGAGUAUACAAUUGGAUAAAAUCAAGCCUAAUAGUUCAUUUUUGUGGAAGCCAGCAAGCAGAAUGAGCAUGGUCACAGAUAUACCUAUUUAUGAUGACAGGCCUGAGAGCCAAAUCAGUGGCAAUGUUCUUGAUAGUGUAAGAUCUGGAGAAAAUGUAGAACAACAAGAAAAAGAAACUUGUAAUACAGAAGACACUAAGACUGCCAAUUCUUUGGAUUUAGAUGUAGCAAGUAGUUUUAUCUUAGAGAUGACAGAGCAGAUUGAUAGAAGAUUCAGUAAUGGGUCAGUGCAUGAUAAAGAUUCUGAUGAAAAAAGUUUCAAGUCAUCACUUGAAGAAGUAAGUGAGAAUGUUUCCCUCAAAGUGAAACCUUUUCCUAAAACAAACACUUCAUUUUUGUAUGGGAAAAGUUCCAGUAAUGAUGAUGUCUUCACAGAAACAACCAAGAAAGAAUCUUCAUCUAUAUUAAAAAGUGAUGGCUUGCAAAUAUCCAAAACAACAAAAGUUCCACCACCUGUUAGUAAGAAACCCUCAAGAACAGUGAUAGGAGAUUCUCCACCACAGUUACCAGAGAAAAAUGCAAGAAUAUCUGAAAUAGUUUCUGGUAAUGUCAACCUAAAUGCUCCUCCUCCAGUGCCACCCUCACACACAAAACCAAAACUAAUGUACACCCCUUCGGAAGAGACAUGGUUGGAAAACUGUGAUAAGAUUCUGAAGAUUCCUCCGCCUCUACGGAAACAGAAAGCUCAAACAUCUCCCGAGGCUCAGCUGGACCUAGCAACUUCUCACUCACGAAGAUCACCAAAGGAUCACGGCAAAAUCAGUGAUAGUGAGAAGAGGUUCUCUGUGUCUCAGGAUGAACUGUUGAGAAGAAUGAGUGAAAUGAACCUGGCCAACAAGAGGAAUAGUCUUCCUUCUGGGUCUUACAGUUUUAGUAGCUCGUAUGUGGAACCUGAACAAGAGGAAGAGGAAGAUCACUACUGUUCCAUUCAGCAGUUUCAAAAAAAAGAUGUUGAUGAUCAAGACACAUAUGAGGCUAUUGGAGAAAAUAAUUAUGCAGAGAUAAGCGAGUUUCAGCGCGAGGAGAGAGAAGACAACAACAUCUACGAUGAUGUUCUGGACCCGGAGGACCACUAUGAGGCCAUUAACUGUGAGCUGGUGAGAGGAGACUCGGAUAGUUCCUGUGACCAGAGUAACAGUCUCUAUGGUCUGACUAGGCCUACCUCGGCUGCUGUCCCAGGUGGAGUGUACCAGAUGACUGGAGGCAGCGAGACAAGUGAUGAAUGGGUUGAUUUGGACAAUUCCGAUGACCAGCAUGAACCUGUAUUCAUCUUCCGAGAGAAGGAACGAGGCAGGAGUGUAUCGGCCGCGGAGAGUUGGAGUGCGAAGGUCCGACGCCAGUGGUCUCGACAGGCAGCAGAUGGUGAUGAUGUCUUUCUUGGGGAGUUGGCGUUACCUCCGCCUCAACUUCAACGUCGAGUUGGGAUUAAUAGAGAUGGUUCAGAAGAAUCAGUGCCGAGGCAUGGUGACAUCGAGAAUAUCGACGAAACAUCAUACUGUGAUGACUUUGACGAUUCCCUCUCAGACUCAUCAUUUGACCAAGAAACUACUCACCCCAAUACCCAGCAGGUGGCGGAGGAGAAGAGAGUCCAGCCGCUGACUGAGGGCAUAUACGGCUUUAUGAAACAAGCCGGUCAGCAGAUGCGGAAGCAUUGGGCACUCGGCAAGAGUUUGACGCGUAUGCGCAAGAACAAGAGCACCUCCAGCAUAAUACAGGGAACAGGUGACUUGGGUCGCCGAGGUUGGUCAUUCAAGAGCAGAGACAAACCCUCGUCUGCCCAGUCCACGUUUUACCUCCACACCAACACUCUGCCUCGUGGCAACUCUCCACAGGAGGUGAAAAUAGACCCUCGUCGGCUCAGUACUGCCUCUAUAGUGGCCAGGCCAACUUCACCUCCACCUCCUCCGCCCCCACGGAACUCCAUUGUUUCAGAUGGGAGUUCAAAACGAAACUCAAGACUGAACAACAGCAACUCUUCUGGUGAUAAUGAAGGUUAUGUUGAAGGCCAGAGGAGAUUAUCUCGUAAUGGCAAUUCCAUGUGGUAUGUGGAGACAAGUACAGACACUGCCUCAGAGAAUGGUUCAUCCAGCCAAGGUUCAGACCUAAACCUAAGGUUUGCUGAUGAGCCCCUCUACCAGUUCUAUGCUGCCAACAUAGCCGAGAUGACACUCUCAGAACUGACAGAGGGAGAGACUGAUGGCUAUGAGGAGAUCACCGCUCCGGCCGUACCUUCGGCCCUAGACCUGGUGUCAGUGACCCACCACUGCAGCCUCUGGUGUGAGGUACCUCAGGUGCGGAACAGCGGCGUGCUAGAUACUCUGACUCAGAGUCAAAAGCGGCUGCAGGAAGCCAAGUUCGAAGUGAUGACAUCGGAAGCCUCAUAUUUCAAGUCUCUUACAGUCCUGGAUAAGCUGUUCUCUUCCUGUCCGCUCUUCUGUGAUGAGAAUAUUCUCUCCCGGGACGACCGACGGGUGCUAUUCGGGAACGUCACCAGCGUGAGACGGUGCUCAGAGAAGUUGUUGGCAGCUCUGCAAGCAUGUUGGCAAGACUGUAUCCUGCUGCAGGGAUUGUGUGAUGUUGUACAUGACCAUGUCGUGAGCUACAGAGAUGUGUACAUCAACUACUGCACAAACCAGAUCUCCAUGGACCGCACACUCAAGAUGCUCAAGCAAACAAAUAGCAACUUCAUCACUGUGCUGACCCAGCUUGAGAGUGAUGCUGAGUGUCAGUCGCUGACCCUUUACUCGUUCCUGAUGUUGCCGAUGCAGCGCAUCACACGGUUGAGGCUGCUGUUUGAGACGAUGCUGACGCUGCUCGAUCAAAGCGAUGCUGAGUUCCCCUCCUGCAAGAGGACUCUGGAAGUCCUCAACAAGUGUGUGGCCGAGUGUAACGAAGGGGCUCGCAGUCAGGAACGGCUGGAGGAGAUGGUUCGGCUGAGUAAACAGCUCGACUUUCCUGCUGAGAUGAAUGUGCCCAUACUGGGAGAGGGAAGUAACCGGUGGCUGGUGCGCUCCGGGCAGGUGACCCAGGUCAACAUGGAUGCCAAGCAAACAUUUGGCCGCCGACUUUCACGCACAGGACCCAAGUUCACACUGUUCCUCUUCACCGACCUGCUAGUGGUCACGAAGAAGAAGAGUGAGGACAGCUACCUCGUUGUAGACCACUGCCAGAGGAGUCUUGUAGAGAUGCAGGAGAUGAGGGAUUUCCCCGGCAACAACCGGUUCCUGCUCCAGGUCACUCUGUUGGAGAAUGCUGAUAGCAAAACUGUUGAGAUGACUUUGAGCUGUGACAGUGAGACAGAUAGACAGCGAUGGCUCCAGGUGUCAAGUCCCCCGCAGUCUGAGGCUCCUGGGGAGACACUCUACGAGGGAUGGGACUGCCCUCAGGUCACGGCCAUCCAUAACUACCUGCCGUCACAGCCCGACGAGCUCAACCUCGCUCUGGGCGACAUUGUCAACGUUCUGCGCAAGACUGAAGGGUGGUUUUACGGUGAGAGGACACGGGAUGGCGAGAAGGGUUGGUUUCCCGGCAAUUAUACUCGUGAGAUCGCAUCCAAACAUGUCCGAGCCAGAAACCUCAAACAACGGCAUCGGCUGUUGCAACUGUCUGCUGACUUUGUCCAGCAGAAGAAAAAGGUUAAAUAAAAGUCGAUUCAGCAUAAGUUUUUCUAACUCAGUCAACAAAUUUUUUAAUAAUUGUGAAAUAUUAAUACAUCAAGUUGUUUCUCUCGAAAUAUUUCUCCUGUUCGACCUCAAGUGCUGUUGUAGUGAACUAAAAAUGUAUUUUGUAUUUGUAUAUUUUGUAAAAGUUUACAACAAAGGGACCAAUUCGCUUAAAGUUGACUAAUAUAUUUCUGCUAAUUUUUACUUGUCGAGGUGUAUAUUUUUACUGUGCUAGUCAUGUAAUAACUUCUCUGUUAACAAUAUUGUGUAAUUUGUUGAUGAUGGCUGUAUUUCUAUUGUUGUUAAUGUUAGAAUGCUUAUGAUCUUGUUAUCUGUUAGUUUUGUUAUUGCCAAUAUGUUCUGUAAGCUCUGUGCUAUUGAUAUUGCCAUAACAGUUGAAAUAUUAUUUAGUGAUUAAGUCGUCCAAUUAUGUUGACUUGUUUUUAACGCAUUUAUUCAAUUUGCAUUUAUUUUCAAAGAAGAAUUGACAUUCUACAGCUUGUGUGUUUGUAAGUGCCAAAGGUUAUAUAUAACAUGUAAAUUACCUAUUCUGUUGAUUAAAUAAUCUAAUCUACACAAAAGGAAUUCUAAGAAAUGCUUUAUGUUAGAUUGAAAUCCAAUGAACAUUACCAAUGAGAAAACAGUAAUUUUUUAAAGUACUUGAAAAGCUAAACAACUCAGUUAUUUUAAUCGAAUUCUCACUAAGAAAUUAAGAAAAACCUGUGAAAUUGAGCUUAAAAAUCUUUAAGAACAGAAGAAAAUAAAUACUUUUUACUAACAAUUGAGUAAUUUUUAUUACCAAAAGAUGUUAUUAAAUAGGAAAGCAAAAUGGACAGAAAAUGUUUUUAUUUUAUUGAAUUAUUGCAAUAUUGUUUUUAAUUCCCCUUACAUAAAAUUACUAUCCAUUCAAAAAGUUUAAAUUUCUAAUUCAUAAAAUUUAUAUUUAUUUUUAAUCUUUACACAAGUGUAGUUACCAGAGAAAAAAGAUUACUUUUUUACUAACAUUGUGAUGAAAUUAGAGUCAAAAUUGUGUCUCAUGUAAAGAAACCUCUAUUAAUUAUUUUAUUGUGAGACAUAACAGUUUCUUUGGACAUUUAGAAUUUUAUUGUCAAGCUUGCAUAGUUAAUACUAAUAUCCUAUUACAUAAUAGCUUCUCAUUUCUCUCCAGUGUCACUUUAAUUACUCAAUUCUUAAGUUAAGGCAGUUGUGUAAUAAUAUAUCAAUUUUUUGUGAUACAUAAGAAAAUGAGUAGUUGUCACAUCAAUACUUUUUAGUAUUUUAGUUUUGAUUUCAUGAAAUAAUAUAAUAUAACUUAUUAAUUGGCAUAAAAACCACUACGAAUCAUGUUAUAGUGUUCAUAUUGAGUAUCUUAUUUAUUGUAAAUUAAUACUAUUAAACUUAGGACUUCGUACUUAUUUUUUGUAAAAUGCAUUGUACAAAUGUGUAUAAACAGCAAAUCGUAACUUUUACAUUCCACAAUGACCUUGUAAAUAUCUGUUUAAAAAUAUGUUGAAUAAAAAUAUUUUCUAUCAAAAAAA